GGCGGGGGCGGUGCCCGGGUUCGAGUCCCGCGUCGGCCCGCACCGCUCCGCUCCCGCCCGCUCCGCCGGACCCCGCUGGCCGCGGAGAUGGGCGACAUGGAGUCCUACAAGGUGAUGCUGAACGGGCCGGCACCCUGGGGCUUCAGGCUGCAGGGAGGGAAGGAUUUCAGCAUGCCACUCUCCAUCUCCAGGCUGACUCUGGGUGGGAAGGCAGCCCAGGCCGGCGUGGGAGUGGGCGACUGGGUGCUGUACAUCGACGGGGAGAGCACCAGUGCCAUGACACACAUCGAGGCCCAGAACAGGAUCCGUGCCUGUGGGGACAGGCUCUGCCUCACCUUGAGCAGAGCCCAGAACCAGCUGGGGAAGCCGCAGAAGGUGCUGAGCCUUGACAAGCAGCCCCCCCAGCUGCUGGAGCCCCCCAGCACCCCUGUGUGUGACCCUGUGAAGCUGCGGAUGUUGGAGGACAUUGAUGACUCCAAGCCCCCCAGCUGGACCUCCCAGUCCCGCUCCUUCCGCAAACUGUCCCGCCUGGUGGGCGCCGACGCCAUGGAGGAUGGUGAGGACGAGCUUGUUAAAAAGCCCAGGGAUGCCCAUGGGUCCAACUGGGGCACAGUGGAGCAGUGGCAGCCCCCACAGCCUCUGCAGCCCCCCAGCACCCCCGGGUGUGACCCUGGGAAGCUGAGGAUGUUGGAGGAUGCUGAGGACUGGCAGCCCCGCACCGGCACCUCGCAGUCCCGCUCCUUCCGCAAGCUGGCCCAGCUGACGGGCACAGGUGGCAUGGAGGAUGGUGAGGAUGAAUUUAUUAAAAAGCCCAGGGAUGCCCAUGGGUCCAACUGGGGCACGGGGCAGCAUCGGCAGCCCCCCCAGCCUCUGGAGCCCCCCAGUGACAGUGUGUGUGACCCUGUGAAGCUGAAGAUGUUAGAGGACAUUGUGGACACAAAGCCCCACACCUGGACCUCCCAGUCCCGCUCCUUCCGCAAACUGGCCCGGAUGGUGGGAGCCAGCAGCAUGGAUGAAGGUGACGAUGAGCCCGUUAAAAAGCCCAGGGAUUCCCAUGGGUCCAUCUGGGGCAUAGUGGAGCAGCGGGAGCCUCUGGAGCCCCCCAGCACCCCCGGGUGUGACCCCGGGAAGCUGCGGCUGAUGGAGGACGCGGAGGGCUGGCAGCCCCGCACCGGCACCUCGCAGUCCCGCUCCUUCCGCAGGCUGGCCCAGCUGACGGGCACAGAUGAGAUGGAGGAUGGUGUGGAUGAGAUUGUUAAAAAGCCCAGGGAUGCCCGUGGGUCCAGCUGGGGCACGGUGGAGCAGCGACAGCCCCCACAGUCUCUGGAGCCCCCCAGCACCCCCGGGUGCAAUCCUGGGAAGCUGCGGCUGAUGGAGGACGCUGAGGACUGGCAGCCCCGCACCGGCACCUCGCAGUCCCGCUCCUUCCGCAAGCUGGCCCAGCUGACGGGCACAGAUGAGAUGGAGGAUCAUGAUGAUGUGUUUGUUAGGAAGCCCAGCCAGGUCUCCGUGCCGGACCCGUCCCCAGGAGCAACGAUGAAGACGGAGCCAGGACUGGCCCCCAGGACCCCCAGUGCCAGCCCCAGCCCCACCAGCCGCCCGCCCUGGGCUGUGGACCCCUCAUUUGCCGAGCGCUACGCCCCGGACAAGACGAGCACGGUGGUGAGCAAGCACAGCCAGCCUGCCACGCCCACCCCCAUGCAGAACCGCAGCUCCAUCGUGCAGGCAGCCCAGCAGGCCCCCGAGGGGCCCGGCCGCACCCCCCUGUGCUACAAAUGCAACAAAGUCAUCAGGGGACGGUACCUUGUGGCGCUGGGACAUUAUUACCACCCCGAGGAGUUCGUGUGCUGCCAGUGCAGGAAGGUGCUGGAUGAGGGCGGCUUCUUUGAGGAGAAAGGCUCCAUCUUCUGCCCCAAGUGCUACGACACGCGCUACGCGCCCACCUGCGCCAAGUGCAAGAAGAAGAUCACUGGGGAGGUGAUGCACGCACUGAAGAUGACCUGGCACGUGCAGUGCUUCACCUGCAACGCCUGCAAAACUCCCAUCCGCAACCGAGCCUUCUACAUGGAAGAGGGACAGCCCUACUGCGAGAGAGACUAUGAGAAGAUGUUUGGCACCAAGUGCCGCGGCUGUGACUUCAAGAUCGAUGCUGGGGACCGGUUCCUGGAGGCGCUGGGCUUCAGCUGGCACGACACUUGCUUUGUCUGUGCGAUCUGCCAGACCAACCUGGAAGGGAAGACGUUCUACUCCAAGAAGGACAAGCCUCUGUGCAAGAGCCACGCUUUCUCCCAUGUGUGAGGGGUGGAAAUCCAGCUGUGCCAACACAUGUCCCUGGCCCUGCAUGCUCCUCUCCCCCUGCCCUGCUGGCCCUACGGAGCCAGGCUGGGCCCUUGGCCCUUUCCCUUGCUCCUGCCCCUUUCCUAGCAUCUCCUGGCUCAACUCCAGCCAGAUAGAGUGCUGGCUCCAGCCUUUGAUAGCUGGGUGGCUUCUUAUAUGCUUUUCAGCUGGCCCUAGGAGCCCUGGGAAUGGGAUGCUGCAUGGAUCUCCUGCCCCUGAGCCACGCAGCAUGGUGGGCACAACCGUGCUGAGGCUGGAAUUGGAGAGGGUCUGCCACAGCUGGGCUGCUCCCUUGCUGCCUGGCAGCUCAUUGCUGGGGCAGGGACACUCCUUAGACAUCCCUCCCCGAGUGGGUGAGGACCAGCUCCUGUCUCACUCUCCCCAGCCUUCCCUGCUGUGUGCUUGGGGCUGGAGACCCAGCCCUGCUCCUCUGCUGGGGCCCUGCCCAUGCCAACCCACCAGGCACCCCUCACACUGCUGCGGUGGUUUCCUGCCCCAGCUGCAUUCCAGGGGUGUCUGUUCCUCAUACCCCCACCCUGCUGGCAUCCCCUGGGGCUGGCAUCACCCCCGGCCGUGGGCUGGCAGCGUGUGCUGAUGCCAGCCCAGCCAGGCGGCUGCUCCUGCAAGGCUUGGGCACAGCUUCCUACCAAAGAGCUCUCUGCCACUGCCAUCCUGGGGCCACCGAUGCCUCCCCCCAAACCACACCCUCCGGUCGGGCUGCGCUGAUGUAGCCACGGUGCUUUUAGUGCCUUUAAUAAACACGUCUCUGCAAGUGC